GGUUGUUAAUGGAGAGGAGGGCGGAUGACAGCCGGGACCGUGGUCAUCACAGGUGGAAUAUUAGCGACUGUCAUUUUACUCUGCAUUAUCGCUGUCCUCUGCUACUGCAGGCUCCAGCCGGCCAGCGCGCCCGGCCUGCAGGCCCUCAACCCCAACCGCCUCUCGGCCAUGCGCGAGGCCUUCUCCCGCAGCCGCAGCAUCAGCACCGACGUGUGA